AUGGCAGCCACAGGUCCACCCGGGCAUCUUUUCCUUGACCACCUCCCUCCAGUAGGUCUCACAGGAACCAAGUACGCCUGCGGCAGAGGGAGCUGCGGCGCCUGUACCGUGAUGGUGUCCAAGUGUGACCCUGUGUCCAAGAAGAUAAGACACUUCUCCAUCACCGCAUGCCUGAUGCCCAUCUGCUCUCUCUACGGAGCUGCUGUCACCACUGUGGAAGGUGUGGGAAGCAUCAAAACCAAGCUUCACCCUGUGCAGGAGAGGAUCGCCAAGAGCCACGGCACCCAGUGUGGAUUCUGCACCCCUGGGAUGGUGAUGUCCAUGUACACACUGCUCAGGAACCACCCACAGCCCUCAGAGGAGCAGCUCAUGGAAGCCCUGGGAGGCAAUCUGUGCCGCUGCACUGGGUACCGGCCAAUUCUCGAGAGUGGAAAGACCUUCUGCAUGGAGUUGAACGGCUGUCAGCAGAAGGGAGCAGGAGGAUGCUGCUUGGCUCAGGGAGAAGAGGAUUCUUCCUCACUCGGCAGGAGCAGCGAUAUUUCCACAGAGUUAUUUGCGAAAGACGAGUUCCAGCCCUUGGACCCUACUCAGGAGCUCAUAUUCCCCCCAGAACUCUUGAGACUGGCAGAGAACCCAGAAGAAAGAACCCUGACCUUUCGUGGAGAAAGGGUCACCUGGAUCUCCCCUGGGACCCUCAAGGAUCUCCUGGAGCUGAAAGCGAAGCACCCGGAAGCGCCUCUCGUCCUGGGCAACACCUCACUGGGACCUGCAAUGAAAUCUCAAGGACAUGUUCACCCAAUUCUCCUCUCUCCUGCGAGGAUUUCAGAGCUGAGUAUGGUGUCUACAACAAGUGAGGGACUCAGCAUAGGCGCCGGCUGCAGCCUGGCCCAGGUGAAGGACGUCUUGGCUGAGAGGGUGUCCGAGCUCCCAGAGGAGAAAACGCAGACCUACCGAGCCCUCCUGAAGCACCUGAAGAGCCUGGCGGGCCAGCAGAUCCGGAACAUGGCGUCCUUAGGGGGACAUAUCAUCAGUCGGCACUGCUACUCGGAUCUGAACCCAAUCCUGGCUGUGGGCAACGCUACCCUCAAUCUGAUAUCCUCAGGCGGCGCCCGGCAGGUUCCGCUAAGCGAGCACUUUCUUGCCGGGUUGGCGAGUGCAGACCUCAGGCCGGAGGAGGUUCUGGAAUCUGUGCACAUCCCUCACUCUCAAAAGGGGGAGCUGGUGUCGGCCUUCCGACAGGCGCAGUGCCAGCACAACGCCUGGGCCCACGUGAACGCGGGCAUGCGGGUCCUCCUCAAGGGGGGCACCGACACCAUCGAGGACCUGAACAUCGCCUUCGGGGGACUCGGGGCAGCCACCGUCAGCGCCCACCAAUCCUGCCAGCAGCUCCGAGGGAGGCGCUGGAACGAGCUGAUGCUGGACGAGGCCUGCCGGCUGCUCCUGGACGAAGUCUCCCUCCCAGGCUCGGCUCCGGGGGGCAGGGUGGAAUUCAAGAGGACUCUGAUGGUCAGCUUCCUCUUCAAGUUCUACCUGCAAGUGCUGCAGACACUGAAGCCGCUGGCAGAGCGGCCCUCUGCACCUGACGGCCUUCGAUAUCCUGACGUCUCAGACCCGUUCCUUAGUGGGCUGGAAGAUUUCUCGGUCACAGUGCCCCAGGGAGUCCAGAGGUACCAGAGAUCCUGCUUUGGGCUUAGAUUUUGGUCCCUCACCCUCAGGAAUUACAUCACUUUAGCCUUCAUCAUCAUGAUCCCUUUACAUGUGAACAGAUCAAUUGAUUUGUCCAAGGCCCUUGAAUUGCCCGGGGUGGUUGAUGUGAUAACAGCUGAAGACAUUCCAGGCACCAAUGGUACUGAAGAUGAGAAAUUGUUGGCUGUAGAUGAGGUACUUUGUGUGGGUCAAAUCAUCUGUGCUGUGGCUGCAGAGACAGAUGUACAGGCGAAACGUGCAAUUGAAGAGAUAAAGGUCACCUAUGAAGAUCUGGAGCCCGUAAUCGUCACCAUCGAGGAUGCCAUAAAACACAACUCAUUCCUAUGCCCUGAGAAGAAACUUGAACAAGGAAACAUUGAGGAAGCAUUUGAAAAAGUCGAUCAAAUUGUUGAAGGAGAGGUCCAUGUUGGAGGACAGGAACACUUUUACAUGGAAACACAAAGAGUGCUUGUUAUUCCAAAGACAGAGAAAACAGUGUCUUCUACUUUAAACAUCCCAAGCAACAGGAUCACCUGUCAUGUGAAACGAGUGGGUGGAGGUUUUGGCGGGAAAGUAGGAAAAUCAGCUGUGUUCGGAGCUAUUGCAGCUGUGGGUGCCAUCAAAACUGGUCACCCUGUUCGUCUUGUUCUUGAUCGUGAAGAUGACAUGUUAAUAACUGGGGGAAGACACCCAUUAUUUGGAAAAUAUAAAGUGGGAUUCAUGAACAACGGGCGGAUCAAAGCUCUAGACAUUGAGUGCUUCAUUAACGGAGGGUGCACACUGGACGACUCGGAGCAGGUAACAGAAUUCCUUGUACUAAAACUGGAAAAUGCAUAUAAAGUCCGAAACCUCAGGUUCCGGGGCCGUGCCUGUAUGACCAACUUACCAUCCAACACGGCCUUUCGCGGAUACGGCUUCCCACAAGGAACCCUGGUAACAGAAUCUUGCAUCACAGCUGUGGCAGCCAAAUGUGGCCUUCUGCCAGAGAAGGUUAGGGAGAAAAACAUGUACAAAACUGUGGAUAAAACCAUCUACAAACAAGCCUUCAGCCCCGAGAACCUGAUACGAUGUUGGGACGAAUGUCUGGACAAGUCUUCCUUUGGCAGCAGAAGAAAGCAAGUGGAAGCAUUUAAUAAGAAGAAUUACUGGAAGAAGAAAGGACUUGCCAUUAUCCCCAUGAAGUUUUCAGUCGGCUUUGGUGCCACUAGCUACCAUCAGGCAGCUGCACUGGUUCACAUCUACACAGACGGGUCUGUAUUGGUCACACACGGAGGCAACGAACUGGGACAAGGUAUUCACACCAAAAUGCUACAGGUGGCCAGCCGUGAAUUAAAAAUACCCAUGUCUUACAUGCACAUCUGUGAGACAAGUACAGCUACGGUGCCUAAUACAAUUGCUACAGCUGCCUCCAUCGGUUCAGAUGUCAAUGGCAGAGCCGUGCAGAAUGCUUGUCAGAUCCUUCUGAAACGCCUUGAGCCCAUCAUUAAGAAAAAUCCAGAAGGUUCCUGGGAAGACUGGGUAAAAGCUGCUUUUGAACAAAGAAUCAGUCUCUCAGCCACAGGAUACUUCAGGGGCUACAAGGCCUUCAUGGACUGGGAGAAGGGGGAGGGAGACCCGUUUCCUUACUAUGUCUACGGAGCAGCCUGCUCUGAGGUGGAAAUCGACUGCCUGACAGGAGCCCACAAGAAAAUCAGAACAGACAUUGUCAUGGAUGCGUGUUGCAGCCUGAACCCAGCCAUUGAUAUCGGGCAGGUCGAAGGUGCGUUUAUCCAGGGCAUGGGCCUUUACACCACUGAAGAGCUGAAAUAUUCCCCGGAAGGUGUCCUGUACUCGCGAGGCCCAGAUGACUACAAAAUUCCAACCAUCACGGACGUCCCAGAGGAGUUCAAUGUCUCCUUGUUGCCGGCAUCCCAAACCCCACUAAACAUCUAUUCCUCCAAGGGCCUGGGGGAGUCCGGAAUGUUCCUGGGGUCAUCUGUAUUCUUUGCCAUCACUGAUGCUGUGGCCGCCGCACGCAGAGAGAGAGACAGGAACAUUUGGCAGUGCCUGGAGACAUUCCUGGUUGUCACAACCAUGGAGGAAGAUGCUGCUUCUAGUGGGUAG